AUGGAUCUUCCCUACUCUGGAAGUGAUACAUCUGAGAGCCACACCGAUUCUGGAGACACAGUCCCCCACCGUUGUGAUGGGACUCCUCCCGCAACCACCACUAUCCUUGCCCAGAACUUCCAAAUUGGUUCUGAAACUACUGCUCCGAUUCACCAUCCACCUUCCUUCCAAGAGUUUGCUCACAAAGCCAACAAAGCCACCUCAUCCGCCCCACUAGUUCCCUCUGAGCCAGUACUCGACACCGAAAUUCAACAAAUCAGUGCUGAUGAAUUCAACCGAAACAUGAAGGCAGCUGAGCAAGCCACCCGUGGUCUCCGUAAUCUCAAACUCCCUCGGAGCCUGAAGGAAAAGGUCAAGUCACUGGAGAAGUCCCUUGUCAGCACCAAGAGAACUUGGGAAGAGACUGGCGAAAUUCCCGAUGACGAAGCCAUCAAGAUCCACCAAGGGCCCACAUCUGCCCACUCUUCUUCAACCAAAACCUUUACCAAGAAGACCCCUCGAAAAAAGGUCAAACGUGACCCACCCACCAAACCUGUUGACUUACUCAACAAAGAGCUCCCCCAUCCACCUGCCAAUCCUUUGCCUAGUACAACCUCCAACAGACCCAUGGACCAAACUGUGGCUACAUCCCAAUCGACCCCCAGUAUUAUUAGCGGUGCCCCUUGUGAGCCUGGGUCUCAAUAG